CGGAAGCAGCUGGUGAAACAGAAAAUAUGAGCAAACGCCUUACCUGCAGAGUAACAGGUUUCACUUUACAGAAAGGUAUUUCAUAGUUUGGCUUUGAAACGAUAAAUACAUAUUAAGAGACGUUUUUUUUCUGUAUCCUAUUUAACUACCUGGAUAUUAGAUUGCUGAGUGAAGAAUGGAAGAACAACACAGAAAGAUUCUUCGGCAAAACAGGAUCAUCUUAGUUCGAGAUCUGGAUCCUUCCAGCCUUUAUGACGCCCUUUUUCAAAAGGGUGUUUUCACCCAGGGGAUGAUUGAUGAGAUAAAGGGCUCUGGAGGCAAGCAGAACCAGGCCAGACAGCUGGUGAUUGACUUAGAAACCAGAGGAAGUCGAGCCUUUCCGCUCUUCCUGGACUGCCUUCGUGAAUCAGGUCAGCAGGAUCUGCUGGAGGUCUUACUAAAUGGUUCUCCAGCAGCUCCCCUUCAGCCUGCAGCACCUUUCGCUCACCGCCCUGUUGUGAAACCUCUGCCAAUCAAAUCUCCAAUUGAGGUUAAAAAAAUAGAUAUUGUCCCCAUCUGUCCUGUGGAGAUUCCCAGUAAGUCUCCCAGUCCAGCACCUGAGAAGGAUUACUUUAAACCAAGACCUGAAGGCAGAACACGUCGGGAUAGUCUUCAGUGCUAUAAAAUGGAUUCCAACCCAUGCGGUUACUGCCUCAUCAUAAACAACGUGGAGUUUGAACUGGAUUCUCGGCUCAGCCAUCGCAAAGGCUCGAACGUCGACUGUGAGAAGCUGGAGAGACGAUUCAAAUCCAUGAACUUUACCGUGGAAGUCAAGACCAACCUGAGACAGAGACAAAUUAAACAUGAACUGUCAGCGUUGUCUCGAAUGGAUCACUCUUCGUACGACUGCUGUGUGGUCAUCAUGCUCUCCCAUGGGACCGAGGUGACUCACAAGCGUUUCCCUGGCGCCGUGUACGGCGUAGAUGGACAGCACAUCACAGUUCAGAACAUCACAAACUACCUCAAAGGAGAGAACUGCCCUUCUUUGCAAGGGAAACCCAAACUGUUCUUCAUCCAAGCUUGUGGAGGAGAUGAGAAAGACAUAGGAUUUGAGAUUUCUCCUGAGGAAGCCUCCCUGUCCGUCGGCGGGGAGGAUGAUGAGACGGAUGCCAUCCCGACGUCGUCCAGCAGCGACUCUUUGACUGAUGAGGUAGACGCCAGAGUGACGCUGCCAAGCCCCAGCGACAUCCUGGUGUGCUACUCUACUUUCCCAGGUUACGUCGCCUGGAGAGACGCUCAGGCAGGAUCUUGGUACAUCGAAACACUGGAUCGCAUCCUGGAGGAGAAUGCAGCCACUGAUGACUUGGUCACCAUGCUGAUGAUGGUCAACAAUGAGGUUGCCCAAAACUCUGCAAAAGGCCUUUACAAGCAGAUGCCUGGAAAUUUCAACUUCCUACGAAAGCUUCUCUACUUUCAAACCUCGGCAUAGAGGAAGACUCUCCAUCUUCACCACAUGUUUGGUUCUUUACUGUAGAAUACAUGUUUUUUGGAAGAUGUGGGUAUUUUUAAAAAAAUCAUAUUUGCACUUGUUGUAUGGAAAUAACGUCUUAUUGUGGAUGUUUUUUUAAAUGUUGCUUAAAUGGAAUUUCUUUGCAUGAUUCAUCAAUAAUUCUGCUAAGAAUGUGAAUGAAUGCUGUAGAAGUUAUAGCUUCUUUUGUGGAGAAAAAAAAGUACAAUAAAUGACUCCAAGAUUGAUCAUUGCAAGUUAGGGUUAAGAACUCGUGUUUAAUUUCUGUUUAUUAAUAAAAAAAAAAGCAGAAAAUCUAUUUCCAGUUCCUUUAGGUCUGGUUAUGGAGCUGAAAGAAUCCUAUUACUAGUGUGACAGAAGAUCAACCUGAAAGAAAAAGGAAUAGAAAAGAUAAAACAUCUUUAGAAGAUUUGAAGAUCAGUUUUGUCCUUAUUGAGGUUAUUUCUGCUCUGGAUUCUCAUGUUUCUUUAUUGUAUUCAGAUGUUUUGAACUCAUGGAUACAUGUUUUUUAAGUUUUUCUCUGGACAGCAUUACUUUUUAUGUAUAUGAAAAAGAUUUUUUAAAACUUUUUUCAAGUUUUAAGAAUAAAAACUUUCUAAGGUUUUUAAGAAUUUUUUUUAAAUCUAGUAUCAAACUGCCUCUGAGGAAAAUCC